AUGUUCUCUAACAAAGAUAAUGAUCCCUUGGCUGUGAUCGAUAGACUUUUACCUCGUUCAUCAGGUUCUAGAAGUUUGUCCUAUCUAAAUAGUCAAGAGGAAUUUAAUUCUAAUUUUGAUGUUUUAAUUUCACCACCUCGUUUAUCCAACACUAUUCGUGAGAAAACCAUCGGAAGCAAUACUCUCCAAUUAUUUGAUGAGACUACCUCGUAUUAUGAACUCUUCCCAAUUAUUGAAAAUAAGAGAAAGAAGAAUACAUCUGAUGAUUUAUUAAAAUUUGGUAUUACUUGGGAAAGUUUUGUUAAACCAAAGAUUAGCUUUAAGAAUGCUAAUCAACACAACAAGGAUUUUGAUCGUAGAAUUGAAGAACAAAACGGAAAGAAUUUGUUAGAAAAGUUUUUAACCAUGUUGCAAGAACAAUUGAGAUUGGAUCAAAUUUCAUCCAACAAGUAUGGUGUUGCUAGUGGACUUUCUAAACAACAAGUUGCUUGUUUGAUUGCUAAACAACUUUAUAUUGCUAAGAGAAAGUUUAAAAACACUUUAUCUGUUAAGAGUGUUUUCAAAGAUUUACAAAAUAUGGGUAUUGGCUUGUCACUUGAUCCAAAGACACAAAAGUUGGAACAAAUUGUCAAGGAAGUUCACAUUUUGAAAGUUUUGGAACAUUUGGAAAAGUUAAUGGAUUGGAUUGACAGAUAUGCCAAACCAAACUUGGCAGAAGAAGAAGCCAAAAGAUAUGGUAAAGUUGAAAGACUUAUUAUCGGAACUGGUGAAUCAAAGAAUACUAAUACAUACUUUUCCACUGGUACAGAAAAAGAUAAUGAUGAAUAUGAUGAUGAAGCUCUAGUAAUUGAUGAAAAUAUUGAAUUUGGUUCUGCUGAUGAUAUUACUAAUGCAGACCAUUUGCAUAAUCAAUUUAGAAAUAUUAGUAUCUUCUCUAGAUCCCAAUUGGAAAAUGUUUUAGACCAAACUAAUCUAUUCUCCUUCACUGCACCAACAGAAAAUGUUGAAGAAGAGGAGGAAGAAGAAGAAGAAUCUGUUCUUUCUUCCAUGUAUACUGUUGAUUGGUUGGAAAAGGAAGCCAGAAAGAUUUGCAAGACACCAGGUAUUGAAAAUAUUGUUUUGGAUAUUUUACAAAAGAAGGGACAAGAUGCUGUUCAAUUACAAUCUCGCUUAUUCGAUGCUCUUGGAGAAAAUGCUUUCGAAUUAAUGUCAAUUAUCAUGGAACAUAAGUCAGAAAUUUUGGCUGAUUUGUAUAGAAUGCAAAUGGCAGAUAAUGCUGUUGAAGGUAUUAACUCAUUCUCUCAUGUAAAGAUGACAACAUCCAAGUUCAAGGAUGCUCAAAAGAAGCUCAAGAAGGAAGGUAGAAAAAUUGGUAGAAAGAAUCAAACCAAGUUUAACCUUUCAGGAGGAAACUCUGAAAAUGAGUUGAAUGAACUCAAAUCACUCUAUCAAACCUUCAAGAAGGAAAAGGAUAGAAAUGUUCUCAAGGCUGGUGAAGGAGAAUCUAGAGUACUUGUUCUCGGAAGAGAUGUUAUUCCAGAGUCCAAUAAUGAGGCUGAUAAAGAAACUCAAGAAAGAGUUAUCAGACAACCAACUUAUGAAGAACACGUCUUCCCUGCUCCAAAGAAACGUGAAGAUAACACACCACUUGUUCCAAUUUCUAUAUUUGAAGAUUGGGCUCAACUUGCAUUCAAAGGUUAUACUCACCUCAAUCGUGUACAAUCUGAUGUUUUCUAUUCUGCUUAUAAAACUAGUGAAAACAUGUUGGUUUGUGCUCCAACAGGUUGCGGUAAGACAAAUAUUGCAAUGAUGACAGUUUUGAGAGAAAUUGGCCAACACUUUAAGGGAGGAAAGAUUAGACGUGAAGAAUUCAAGAUUAUCUAUAUUGCUCCAAUGAAAGCUUUGGCAGCUGAAAUGGUUGAAAACUUCUCCAAGAGACUUGCACCACUUGGCAUUACAGUAAAAGAAAUGACUGGUGAUAUGCAAUUGACAAAGAGAGAAGUACAACAAACUCAAAUGAUUGUUACUACUCCUGAAAAGUGGGACGUAACAACCAGAAAAGCCUCUGAUCAAGCUUUAAUUCAAUUGACUAGAUUGAUCAUUAUUGACGAAGUUCACUUGUUGAAUGAAGACAGAGGUCCAGUUAUUGAAUCUAUUGUUGCUAGAACUUUAAGACAAGUUGAAACAACACAAAGUAUGAUUCGUUUGGUUGGUUUAUCUGCUACUUUACCAAAUUAUAUGGAUGUUGCUAACUUCCUCAGAGUUGAUCCUCAUUCCGGAUUGCACUUCUUUGAUGGAUCCUAUAGACCUGUUCCACUUGAACAAAGUUUUAUUGGUGUCAGUAUUAGAAAUCCAAUUGCUAGAAAUAAGGAAUACAAUCAAAUUGCCUUCAAUAGAACCUUGAAGAAUUUGAAGAGAGAAAAACAAGUCAUGGUUUUCGUUCACUCCAGAAAGGAAACUUCCACUACUGCCAAAGCUUUAAUUGAUUUGGCAGUUGAAGAAAAUGCUCUUGAUAUGCUCACUGCUGGAGUUAAAAUGAGUGAACAUACCAGAAAGUGGGUAACUAAAUCAUUAGAAAAGUGUCACAAUAGAGAAUUGAAAGAAUUGGUACCAAAAGGUCUCGGUAUUCACCAUGCUGGUUUAGUUAGAUCAGACAGAAAUCUUGUUGAAAAGCUCUUUUCUGAAGGUAUUAUUAGAGUUUUAUGUUGUACCUCUACACUCGCUUGGGGUGUCAACUUGCCAUCAUAUUGUUGUAUUAUUAAGGGUACCGAAGUUUAUAAUGCUGAAAAGAGUACCAUGACUGAACUUGGAAUGUUGGAUAUUAUGCAAAUUUUCGGUCGUGCUGGUAGACCUCAAUUUGACGUUGAAGGUGAAGGUGUUAUUAUUACUAGUUAUGAAGUUUUACCUCGUUACCUCAACUUGUUAAAGAGAAAUUUACCAAUCGAAUCACAAAUGACACAAGAUUUGGCUAACCACUUGUGUGCUGAAAUUGUUUUGGGUACAGUGUCCAAUGUCAGAGAAGGUUGUUUAUGGUUGAAUUAUACUUACCUCUUCUUGAGAAUGAGACAAAACCCAAUGAAUUAUGGUAUUUUACCUGAGGAAGUCAAGCUCGAUCCUUCAUUGAUUGGUAUGAGAAAGAGUCUUAUUGAAAAGGCCUGUAAGAUGUUACAAGAAAGCAAGAUGAUUAUCUACGACGAAAGAACUGGUGUUGUUUCUGCAACUGAUUUGGGUCGUAUCGCCUCUCACUUCUAUAUUCACUACGAAACAAUUCAAUUGUACAAUGAAAAGCUCCAUCCAAAGAUGUCCGAAUCUGAUGUUCUCCACAUAGUUGCUAGUGCCAGAGAGUUCAAGAAUAUCAAGGUUAGAGAAGAUGAAUCUGAAGAACUUGCUGAAUUAUCAGCCAAUGCACCAGUUAAAGUUACAAAGGGACAAGAUGAAUUCACUGGAAAGGUAAAUUUGUUGAUUCAAAGUUACAUUUCCCAUGUUAAGAUUAAGAAUUCAUCUCUCAUUUCCGAUUGUGCCUUUAUUAUUCAGAGUGUUGGUAGAAUUAUUAGAGCAAUCUUUGAAAUUGCUAUCAAGGAACGUUGGUCAUCUUUAGUUGACAAACUUUUAACCUUGACAAAAUGUAUGGAAAGAAGACAAUGGGUAUUUGAACAUCCACUCAGACAAAUGUCAAAGAUUCCAACCUUUGCCUUGCAAAAACUUGAAAACAAGAAUUUGACCCUCUCCAAAUUAGUUGAAUAUGAAGAAUCCGAGUUGGAUCAAGUAUUGAAUGUUAGAGGAAUGGGUAGAAUUAUUAUGGAACAUAUUGAUAGAUUCCCUCACUUGGAUUUGGAAGCUAACGUUCAACCAAUUACAAGAAAUGUUCUUCGUUUCCAAGUUAAAAUCAGACCAAACUUUACUUGGGACAAGAAAUUGCACGGAGAAACAGAGCCUUGGUGGAUUUGGGUUGAAGAUGAAAACUCUGAAUUCAUCUAUCACUCUGAGUACUUCUUGUUAAAGCAUGAUGAAUAUGAAAAGAUGAUGAAAGAAUCAAGAGAUGACGAAGAAGGACCAUGCUAUUCUCUCAACUUUGUUGUUCCUUUCAGAGAAGAUCCAAGACCUCUCUAUUUUAUUAUUAGAGCAGUUUCUGACAAGUGGAUUAGUGCAGAAGCACAAAUUACCGUCAAUAUUAAGGAUAUUAUUUUACCAGAAGGUUUUGCUCCAAGCACUCCAAUUCUCCCAUUGGAUCCUCUUCCAAUCACCUGCUUGAACAAUCCUGAAUAUGAAAAGUUAUAUGCUGAUAAGGGUAUCAAAUAUUUCAACCCUGUACAAACACAAAUUUUCCACAUGACAUACCAUACUGAUGAAAAUAUUCUUAUUGGUGCACCAACAGGUUCUGGUAAGACACUUGCUGCUGAAUUGUGUAUCUUUAGAUUGUUCAAUACUAAACCAAAUCAAAAGGUUAUUUAUAUUGCUCCUCUUAAGGCCCUUGUUAGAGAAAGACUUGUUGAAUGGGAAAAGAAGUUUGUUCAAAAGUUAGGCAAGAAAAUGGUCGAAUUAACUGGUGAUUUCACUCCUGAUGUUAAAUUAUUGAAGGAAGCUGAUAUUGUUAUUACAACUCCUGAAAAGUGGGACGGUAUUUCUCGUAACUGGCAAAAUCGUUCCUAUGUCAGAGAUGUUGGUUUGAUUGUCAUGGACGAAAUUCACUUGCUUGGCAGUGGAAGAGGUGCUAUUUUAGAAGUCAUUACAUCUCGUAUGAGAUAUAUUUCUUGGAACACUCAAACUCACAUUCGUUUGAUGGGUCUCAGUACGAACAUGGCUAAUGCUACUGACUUGGCCGAUUGGUUGGGUGUUGGACAAAGAGGUUUGUUCAACUUUAAGAGUUCUGUAAGACCUGUUCCUUUACAAAUUAGUAUUUCUGGAUUCAGUGGUAAGAACUAUUGUCCAAGAAUGAAUUCUAUGAAUAAGCCAGCUUAUCAAGCAAUUUUGAGACACUCCAACAACAAACCUUGUUUGAUUUUCGUUUCUUCCAGAAGACAAACCAGAUUGACAGCAAUGGAUUUGAUUGGUUAUUGUUCUGCUGAUGAAAAUCCUCACAGAUUCUUGAGAAUGGACCAAAAUGAAGUUAUUAGUGCUUUGGAACUUGCUCGUGACACUCACCUCAAACAAUUCUUACAAUAUGGUAUUGGUAUUCACCAUGCUGGUCUUACUCCAUCAGACAAAAAACUCGUUGAAGAACUUUUCCACUCUGGUAAGAUUCAAGUCCUUGUUGCUACUAGUACUUUGGCUUGGGGUGUCAACUUGCCAGCAUACUUUGUCAUUAUCAAAGGUACUGAAUUUUUUGAACCAUCCACAAAGAGAUAUGAAGAUUAUCCACUUGUUGAUGUAUUACAGAUGGCUGGUCGUUCUGGUCGUCCAGGUUUCGAUACUGAAGGUAGAGUUUUCAUCAUGGUUCACGAUAUUAAGAAGAAUUUCUACAAGAGAUUCCUCUAUGAACCAUUCCCAAUUGAAUCAAGUUUGCAUACUCAAUUGCAUGACCACAUCAAUGCGGAAAUUGUUUCAGGAACUAUCAAGACCAAACAAGAUUGUUUGGACUAUUUAACUUGGACUUUCAUGUUCCGUCGUCUUGUCCAAAAUCCAUGCUAUUAUGGUAUUGAAGAUUUGUCCUAUGAAGGAUUGAACAAGUGGUUAUCUACUAAGAUUACCAGUAUUAUUGAUGACUUGGAAUAUGCUGGACUUGUUAAAGCUAUUGAUUUGAAUCUUGAUAAGAAGAAACGUUGGGAAGUUAUGGCUUCUCAAACACAAUCAUCAACCUUUGGUACUAUGACAGCUGAGAAGGAAAAGGCUGAAAAGGAAAUCCAAAAGGCCAAGGGAAUUUAUUUGGAACCAACAGCAACUGGUAUUAUUGCCAGUUUCUAUUAUUUGUCAUAUAGAACUGCUUCUCAUUUCAACAGACUCAUCAAGGCUGAUUCUAACGUUAACUACUUGUUAGAACUUCUCUGUGAAGCUAAGGAAUUUGCUGAAAUCCCUGUCAGACAUAAUGAAGACAAGUUGAAUAAGGAAUUGAGUGAAGUUGUUCCUCUUGGAGUUUACAUGCACGACUAUGAAUCUCCACACAUUAAGUGUUAUUUACUUUUACAAGCUCACUUUGAAAGAGUCAAGCUUCCAAUUGUCGACUACAUUACUGAUACUAGAACAAUUUUAGAUUCUACCAUCCGUAUUUCUCAAUCCUAUAUUGAUAUCUGUGCCGAAAAGGGAUACUUGCAACCAACAAUUAACAUGAUGCACAUUUUGCAAAUGAUCAUGCAAGCCAGAUGGGCAACAGAUUCAACCCUCUAUCAAUUGUUCAGUAAUUUGCAAUGUCCACGUGAAAAUACUGAAAGUUCUUCAGAAGAUAUUCACAACUUUAUUCAAAACUUAGCUCAAAAGGAAAAUGUCACUGGUCUCAAGCAAUUGUUGGAUGUUAAAUAUCAACAAGGCGAGUCUGCUUUGCAAAAAUUGAUUUCCAAAUAUUUGAGAAAGAACAACUUAGUAUCCAAUCUCAUGAAGAUUGUUGAAGAAUUCCCAUAUUUAACUGUAAAGAUUGACAAGGUUACUCACGAUGAAGAAGAUCACCAACUUGAAGUUUCUGUCAACAUUGAAAGAUUAAGCAAACCAAAAGAACAAGCUUACACACCAAUGUAUACCAAACAAAAGGAUGAAGGAUUCUGGUUGAUUGUUUCUAACCCUCAAAACAAUGAAUUAUUAGCUCUCAAGAGAGUAAGAGCAAACAGAAAAUUCAAUCGUACUGAAGUUUAUCUUCCAGUCUCUGAAAAUGAUAAGGAAUUGGAAGCUAUUGUUGUUCCUGAUUGCUAUCUUGGUUUAGAUGUUUCUUCUAAAUUCUUGUGUAAGAUUCAAACUAAAUAA